AUGAUCAGCCGGCCUGCAAUCACCUCCAUCGAACCAACGGUCCUGAAGGCGGAGCACAUGUCGACGCUUAGCCCUCCAGGGCUGUAUCCUGGCGAGGGCCUUAUUCAUAUCGCCGACGCACCGUGCAUCUACAGGUUCUUUCCGGCGGACAAGAAGAAGCCUCUGAUUGUCCUCAUUCCUGGAGGUGCCCACAAUGCACGAAUCUUCUAUGGUGGUCAUCGAGGGUACGACUCGGAUGACUUUCUGGCUUCUUGGCUUGUUAAGGACGGCUUCGGUGUGCUCGGGAUCUCAUAUCCACUCCAAAGCGAGCCUGAACUCAUGCCACCAGUGGCUCCUGCCUUCCGCAUCCACCAAUGGGGUAAACAGGCAGCCGAAGUUACUAAGGCGGUGGUUGAUGCGAACAGCCUGUGUGGAGAUAUAGUGCUUGUGUGUUGGAGUAUGGGCGGAAGACUACUCGUGCCGUAUUGCAAGCUUGCACGCGGCCUUGGGCUCAAUGUCAAGCUAUUUGUCUCGCUCGCGGCGACCCCAGGACUCGCAGGAAUAAGGCCUGUACCUCCAGGCUUGAGAAGCACGCCGUCCGGGUAUGCUACCUUCCCUGCGAUGCUGGGCUUGUUCACGGCCCAGAUUCGUGAGCAGCAACAGCUCAACCACGAUAAAUGUAUCACUCCGGAAGGAGUCUAUCGGAGCGAGUACUUUGGCCACACUCCAGUGAGCCUCCUCGGAUGGGGUUAUAGGUUCGACGGCAUGAGUGAGUUUGCCGACGAUGGAGGAGAUUCUGUGAGAGAUGCAGAAGCCCACAACGUUGGGUCUCUGCCAUGGAUCUCUUCAUUGACACCAACAAGUCAGCUGGAUGCGCGCCACGUUCUGUCCGACAAAGCGACUUGGGCAUUCCUGAUGACUCAACGACUGACCCUCGACUUCGAAAAGAAAGCUCGCUCUAUACCGACAGACUCCUUCCGAUGGAUGAAUAUCAGGCUCUUCGUUGAGUCUGCGCCGGGAACACUUUCUGCGCCCGUUACUGGCAAUCACUAUUUCUUUCUUGGUAAAUCGGGUGCAAAAGCGACCGCGAAGGGCAUCGCUCGUCACCUCAGCACUGCCACUGCGCUUGAAUCCCGUUGGUGCGAGCUGCUCGGAGAUUGA